AAUCAGGAACACACACACACUCUGUCUUCUGUUUCUAUACACCAAUUUAUUUUCUAUUAGCUUAAGAAUAGCAUACAUUUUUCUGGACACACACAGAGUGGUAGCGGUACAUGGUUGUAUUGGGCCACAAUGCCUGUGUUCUACUCCCCCAUACCCCAGAACCUCCGGAUGGGCCUGGCCUCUGUCGGUGGAUCCGUGUUCACUAACAACAGGACAGGGGACUUUAGCAGUGACUACAACAAGGACCAGGAUGAUAAAACAGUCAAUGAGUUGGUGUCUCACCUACCCCUUCAGAUGAUCCUGUACUUCAACAUAUUCUUUUUCCCAUGCUGGUGGGUCUCUGCUGUUCUCAUGCUGGAUCUAAAGUUGUAUUACCUGCCUGGGUACUACCAGGCUCUACUUGUGACUGGAGUGGUUCUGCUUACCAUCUGUGAAAUCACCAGGCUCUAUCUGGGCUAUAUCGGAAACCUCAAAGAGAAGGUGCCAGAGCUGGCUGGGUUCUGGCUGAUAUCCUUCCUGUUCCAGCUGCCCAUUCUACUCUUCUUCCUGACUGACGAGGACAUCAUCAUCCUCCCUCUGGAGAGGGCCGUCCACUCCAUCUACCUCCUCUUCAUCCUCUCAGAGCUCCUGGCUUCCUUCUUCGCCCUCAGGGCCAUGACCAGGAAGUUAACCCUGCUGUUCCACCUCAGGCAGUUUGGGGAGGUGGAAAACCUUCAUCACCUCCACCAUCACCACCUCCACAUAGCGGGAAAGAGCCCAGCCUUCGGCAUGCCAUAUUAUGGGAGGACUGUUCUACCCAUGCCACCACACACCAAUAACGUUCACAGUCACUGAUAGAGCACAGAGAGACAACCAGGAACACUUUGACUGGGAUGGAUGGGACUGGGAGAUGGGGUAUGAUCUGGAGUUAAAGGCGUAGGGGUGAAUAGUUUAAUGUGGAAGAGAGUUCUUGUGAAUACAGCCUUGAAAUGAUUUUCCAAAGAGGGAGGAAGCUUUUGAAGUGUUCCAUGAUGUUCAAAAUAUAAUGCUGGAUUUUGUGAUCUUUAUGAAAUGAUGAGUUGAUGCACUGUUUUAUAAUUGUUUUGUUUUCAUUUCUAGAUAUAAAACACGUGUAAAAAUAUUAUUGGACACCGGUAGUAGUGAUGGUCAUAACAUAUUAGAACCACAUGGUGGCACUAAAUGGCCAUAAGAGGGGUUAGUAAUAAACUGAAAAGUGUUGCAAAGUC